AAUUUUUAGUUCUAUGGAAAAUAACCAUUUUUAGAUAAAAAUUCUUAACUACACAUUAUAUAUAGGUUAUAAUUUGUAAUUGAAAUACGUCUCGGUCAAAUGUGAAUAUUAUUUAAAAAUUAUCGUGAAUAUGAAUAUAAUAUUAGCUGGAUUAGGACUGGCAGCUGUAGGAUUUGCUGGUAAAUACGCAUUAAGGCAAAUACCAAAUGCCGCUAAAACUUUUAACGAAGCAAUGAAGAAUCUCCCGAAAUUUGAUUCGACUACAGUGGCAAAUUCUAAAUAUUAUAAAGGAGGGUUCGAUCAAAAAAUGAAUAGGAGAGAAGCAGCAUUGAUAUUAGGAAUUUCACCGAGUGCGAAUAAGGCAAAAAUUAAAGAAGCCUUUAAAAGAGUGAUGGCUGUUAAUCAUCCGGAUAGAGGUGGAUCUCCAUAUAUUGCGUCGAAAAUAAACGAGGCGAAGGAUUUUUUAGAAAAACAUUCUAGGAAUUGAAAUAGUUUAAUGAAUUGUACAUAUAUAUAUAAAAAAAAGUCUUAACAAUAAAUUACGUGAUAUAGACUAGAGUAGUGUGCGUGAAAUAUUUGAAAAAAUUCAAUUCUUUAUUUGUUUAAUCCUAUAUUUUGUUCUUAAUCUAGAAAUAGUAGAAUUCGAUAAAUUUCCAGAAAGUUUAAAUACUUCCUAAAACAAAACAUAAAACUAUAUAAAUCGAUCUGUUCCAUGCGUAGAACUGUCAAAUGUCAAAAACAAAGAUGCGUUGGUGAAGUUAUGUACUACAAAGUCGAAAAGAAUGAAACUAUGACUUCAUACAGCAAAAUAUUUCCAAUUUUAAUUAUAUUGACACAACAUAGAAGAUUAUAUUGACAUUUAGUAGUAGUUCCUUUCGGUUUAUGUGAAAAUUGUUCUAUGCGCAGAACUGUCACUGUCAAAUGUCAAAAACGAAGGUGCUUUUGUAAGGUUAUAGGCUACUAAGUCUAUGAAAAAGUGAAAUUAUGACGUCAUACACUCCGAUCGAGAUUAGAAUUGUCUGUAAGAAAACUUUUCAGGUUAUGAGAAUAUAAAAAAUUAUCAGCUUGU